ACGCGCAGCUCCGGCGCGGGCAGGCGCAGGCGGCGCAAACGGAUUUGUGAGCCGGCUGCAUGGCUGCGGCCGGGACCACUGCGAGCCCCACGGGGCCUGAGCCCAUGCCAAGCUACGCGCAGCUAGUACAGCGCGGUUGGGGUAGCGCGGUGGCGGCCGCGCGGGGCUGCGUGGACUGCGGCUGGGGGCUGGCGCGCCGCGGCCUGGCGGAGCACGCGCACCUGGCGCCUCCCGAGCUGCUGCUGCUUGCCCUCUGCGCUCUCGGCUGGACCGCGCUGCGCUCGGCGGCCACCACGCGCCUCUUUCGGCCCCUGGCCAAGCGGUGCCGCCUCCAGCCUAGAGAUGCUGCCAAGAUGCCUGAGAGCGCCUGGAAGUUCCUCUUCUAUCUGGGCGCCUGGAGCUACAGUGCCUACCUGCUCUUUGGCACCAACUACCCCUUCUUUCACGACCCGCCCUCUGUCUUCUAUGACUGGACACCAGGCAUGGCGGUGCCACGGGACAUUGCAGCUGCCUAUCUGCUGCAGGGAAGCUUCUAUGGCCACUCCAUCUAUGCCACGCUGUACAUGGAUGCCUGGCGCAAGGACUCGGUGGUCAUGCUCAUCCACCACGUGGUCACCUUGGUCCUCAUCGUCUCUUCCUAUGCAUUCCGGUACCACAACGUGGGCAUUUUGGUGCUCUUCCUGCAUGACAUCAGCGACGUGCAGCUGGAGUUUACCAAGCUCAAUGUUUAUUUCAAGUCCCGCGGAGGCACUCACCAUCCUCUGCACGCCUUGGCUGCGGACCUGGGCUGCCUCAGCUUCAGCCUCAGCUGGUUCUGGUUCCGCCUCUACUGGUUCCCACUCAAGGUCCUGUAUGCUACAUGCCACUGCAGCCUGCGCUCCGUGCCUGACAUUCCCUUCUAUUUCUUCUUCAACGCACUCCUGCUGCUUCUCACCCUCAUGAACCUUUACUGGUUCCUGUACAUCGUGGCUUUUGCUGCCAAGGUGUUGACGGGCCAGGUACGGGAGCUGAAGGAUGUACGGGAAUACGAUGCAGCAGAGGCCCCAAGCCCCAAGCCCAGCAAAGCUGAGAAGCCGCUGAGGAACGGUUUGGUGAAGGACAAGUGCUUCUGAACCCUUCGACUCCCGCCCGACCCCCAGGACACAGCCCCGCCCAGCCCUGCCCCCUGAGAUUGCUAUGCUGCUCCCCCGACCUCCAGCUGG